AUGAGCUCCCCACCCGCGCCCCCCACGCCCGGCCGCUCCAUACGCCGCCCGUCUCUGCUGGCUCAGGACGAACCCAACCCGCUCGGCACCCGGAGCGGCGCUCUCCAGUCGCUGAUCCGGAGCCGCUCCGCCCAGAGCAUCCCGAGCAUCACGGGCUCCCACAACUCGCACUCCAAGACGCCGUUCUGGACCGGCCCGGACGACGAGGAGUCCCUGCGCGGCGUCCGCUCGUCACUGGACAAUGACGAACUCGGACGCCUGCUUGCUGAUGAGCGCCGUCUCACCGCGCUCUUGAACGGCCCGCAACACCGCAGCUUGAAGCUCAUCGGCCGCAGCAACCCGCGAUACCGCUGGGAGCAGUAUUGGACGCGCCAGGACCAGCUCGAUGUCAUGUCCAAACCCCUGCGCGAAUACUACGAGCGACUCAACGACCUUGUCCAGCAGUACAUGUACAUCGACGCCCUGCUGGACUCGGCCAUUCCCCACGAUCUGCUCAACGAGUACCAGACGGACAUUGAAGCCUCCGCCUUCCGCCCCGUCAACGUCCCCGAUACCAUCAACGAGGAGUCGUCGUCGCCCGACUCGCCCCCUCAGAACAGCAACUUUACGCCCGAGUCGUACGGCACCAUCCGGCCCAGCUCGGCGACCAAGCCGCUGCCGCUUACACGCACCCCGAAGGACAUAUUCCGCUCCUCGGAGAGCCUGCCGCUGCUCCAGCGCCAGGACGACGAGGAUGAGGACGACGAGAUGCUUCCCGACCACCCGCCGGCCCACGAGGACGGCUUCGGCCCUCGGCCCCACCUCCCGUGGCUCGAGGACGCCGAGGUUGACCACGACGACCCCGUCGUGACUCUCGCCAUCUGGGUCAACUUCAUUGCCAACGGCAUCCUCCUUGCCGGAAAGCUCGCCGUCAUCAUGUCUGUGCCCUCCAUGUCCGUGCUCGCCAGUUUGGUCGAUGCCGUCCUCGAUUUCCUGAGCACUGUCAUUGUCUGGGUCACCACUCGCCUCAUCUCCGCCAGUCAGCAGGACCAGCAUAGCUACCCCGUCGGUCGUCGCAAGCUCGAGCCCCUUGGCGUUCUCGUCUUCUCCAUCAUCAUGAUAACCUCGUUCUGUCAAGUCGGUCUUGAGUGUAUCCAGCGCCUUAUGAGCCCCGAGCAUGCCAUCCUAGAGCUCGGCGCUCCCGCCAUCGUCAUCAUGGUCACCACCAUCAUCAUCAAGGGCGGUUGCUGGGUCUGGUGCCGCCUCGUCAAGAACUCAAGUGUCCAAGCAUUGGCCGAAGACGCCAAGACGGAUGUAAUCUUCAACGCUGGCUCCAUUCUAUUCCCCAUCUUGGGCUUCUACGGACGUAUCUGGUGGCUCGACGCCUUUGGUGGCUUGUUCCUGUCCCUGGUCGUCAUCUUCAACUGGAGCCACACCUCGGCCCAUCACGUCCGCAACCUGUCCGGCUUCUCGGCUCAGCCGGAUGAGCGAAAUCUGCUCCUGUACCUGACCAUGCGCUUCGCAACCGCCAUCCGCCAGAUCCAGAACCUCCGUGCCUACCACGCCGGCGACAAGCUCUUCGUCGAGGUCGACAUUGUCCUCUCCGCCGCCACGCCUCUCAAGGACAGCCACGACCUCAGCGAGGUGCUCACGUACUUCCUCGAGUCUGUGCCAAUUGUCGACCGUGCCUUUGUCCAUGUGGAUUACACGAGCUACAACGCUCCGACCCACAUGCUAAAACAGUCCGCUGCGAAAUAA